AUGGCUGAAAAGCAGGUUCCAAACUCAUAUCCAGACCCCGUGCACAUCGCCGUAAUCGGCGGGACGGGACUCAACACGCUCGAAGACUUCAAACUGGCUGCCGUCCUCGACAUUACCACGCCAUGGGGCGCGCCGUCCUCACCGAUAACCAUUCUGGAACACCCCUCCCCGACAACAGGCAAACCCAUCCCGAUCGCAUUCCUCGCGCGCCACGGCACGCACCACCAAUACAACCCGUCUGAGAUCCCGGUGCGCGCGAACAUCGCGGCGCUGAGGAAGAUAGGCGUGCGGAGCAUCAUUGCCUUCUCGGCCGCCGGGAGCUUGGCCGAGGAGGUCAAGCCCAGGGACUUCGUGGUCCCGGAUCAGGUCAUCGAUCGCACCAAGGGCGUCAGGCCGUUCACGUUCUUCGAGGGCGGGUUUGUCUGCCAUGUGCCUUUUGCCGAUCCGUUCGACGCGAAGGUGGGCGAUGUGGUGAGGAAGUGCGGGCACAGCCUGGAGGGCGAGGGCGUCGUGCUGCAUGAUAAGGGCACGUUGGUCGUCAUGGAGGGCCCGCAGUUCAGCACACGCGCGGAAUCGAACAUGUACCGGGCUUGGGGCGGGACCAUCAUCAACAUGUCGACGUUGCCCGAGGCCAAACUCGCCGCCGAGGCCGAGAUCGCUUAUCAGGUCAUCAUCAUGAGCACCGACUACGAUUGCUGGCACGACUCCGGCGACGUCUCGGUCGAGAUGGUGAUGGGCCACAUGCGGGCGAACGCGGUCAACGCUCGGCGGUUCAUCGCGGCCGUCCUCGAUGAGCUGUCCAAGGAGGAGCACGCCGACCUCGUCCAGGCCACGCAUCUCGCAGGCGGCAGGAAGUUCGGCGUCAGUACGUCUCCCGAGGGACAGAGCAAGGAGGCGCGCGAGAGGUUGGGUUGGCUGUUUGAGGGCUAUUUCUAA